AUGAACUGGGCCGCCUUCGAAGGCUCUGAGCUCUUCAUCCCAGGAGGGGUGCAGCUGGAGGCGAGAUGUCCGCUGAGCACAAAUAUCACAGAAUGGUACCAUUACUAUGGCAUUGCAGUGAAGGAAAGUUCCCAAUAUUAUGAUGUGAUGUACUCCAAGAAAGGAGCUGCCUGGGUGAGCGAGACAGGCAAGAAAGAAGUGAGCAAGCAGACUGUGGCAUAUUCACCCCGGUCCAAACUAGGCACGUUGCUGCCUGAAUUUCCCAAUGUCAAGGAUCUCAAUCUGCCAGCCAGUCUGCCUGAGGAGAAGGUUUCUACCUUUAUUAUGAUGUACAGAACCCACUGUCAGAGAAUACUGGACACUGUAAUAAGAGCCAACUUUGAUGAGGUUCAAAGCUUCCUUCUGCACUUUUGGCAAGGAAUGCCGCCCCACAUGCUGCCUGUGCUGGGCUCCUCCACCGUGGUGAACAUCGUUGGCGUGUGUGACUCCAUCCUCUACAAAGCCAUCUCCGGGGUGCUGAUGCCCACCGUGCUCCAGGCGCUACCUGACAGCUUAACUCAGGUGAUCCGAAAGUUUGCCAAGCAGCUGGACGAGUGGCUAAAAGUGGCUCUCCAUGACCUCCCAGAAAACCUGCGCAACAUCAAGUUUGAAUUGUCGAGAAGGUUUUCCCAAAUUCUGAGACGGCAAACAUCACUAAAUCAUCUUUGCCAGGCAUCCCGAACAGUGAUCCACAGUGCAGACAUCACGUUCCAAAUGCUGGAAGACUGGAGGAACGUGGACCUGAACAGCAUCACCAAGCAAACCCUUUACACCAUGGAAGACUCUCGCGACGAACACCGGAAACUCAUCAUCCAGUUGUACCAGGAGUUUGACCACCUCUUGGAGGAGCAGUCUCCCAUCGAGUCCUACAUCGAGUGGCUGGAUACCAUGGUGGACCGGUGUGUUGUGAAGGUGGCUGCCAAGAGACAAGGGUCUCUGAAGAAGGUGGCUCAGCAGUUCCUCUUAAUGUGGUCGUGUUUUGGCACAAGGGUGAUCCGGGAUAUGACCUUGCACAGUGCUCCGAGCUUCGGGUCUUUCCACCUGAUUCACUUGAUGUUUGACGACUACGUCCUCUACCUAUUAGAAUCUCUGCACUGUCAGGAGCGGGCCAAUGAGCUCAUGCGAGCCAUGAAGGGAGAAGGGAGCACUGCGGAGGUCCGAGAAGAAAUCAUCCUGACGGAGGCCGCCCCACCAACCCCUUCACCGGUGCCGUCGUUUUCUCCAGCAAAAUCUGCCACAUCUGUGGAAGUGGCACCUCCUUCCUCCCCUGUCAGCAAUCCAUCCCCUGAGUACACGGGGCUCAGCACUACAGGAGCAAUGCAGUCCUACACGUGGUCUCUGACAUACACGGUGACGACGGCGGCUGGGUCCCCAGCUGAAAACCCCCAGCAGCUGCCCUGUAUGAGGAGCACCCACGUGCCUUCGUCCUCGGUCACACACAGGAUACCAGUGUAUCCCCACAGGGAGGAGCACGGAUACACAGGAAGCUACAACUAUGGGAGCUAUGGCAACCAGCAUCCGCAUCCGAUGCAGAGCCAGUAUCCAGCCCUCCCUCAUGACACAGCCAUCUCUGGGCCACUCCACUACUCCCCUUACCACCGGAGCUCUGCACAGUACCCCUUCAAUAGCCCCACUUCCCGGAUGGAACCUUGUUUGAUGAGCAGUACUCCCAGACUGCAUCCUACCCCAGUCACUCCCCGAUGGCCAGAAGUGCCCACAGCCAACACGUGCUACACAAGCCCGUCUGUGCAUUCCACGAGGUAUGGAAACUCUAAUGACAUGUACACACCCCUGACCACGCGCAGGAAUUCUGAGUACGAGCACAUGCAACACUUUCCUGGCUUUGCUUACAUCAACGGAGAGGCCUCCACAGGAUGGGCUAAGUGACUGCUGUUCUAGGAAAAUCCAUAUUUAAUAUUAAUAAUAAUAAUUAAUAAUAAUAAUAAACCCAAUACCCACUCCCCAGAAGACUUUAUCUCUAUACAUCAUAACUCAUGGGCUGUUUCUAAGUGUCCGUUUUCCUAGUGAAUGUGAGGAUGGGAUUCAAUGUGGGAUAAAUAAAAUUUAGUUCAGAAACAGGACUUACUAAAAGUCAGUGGGAUUGGGUUCCUGUAGCCAAGCCAGACUGUUUCUAUAGAGCACUAUCUCGGGCAGGCCAAUCUGUGCCUUUUCCCUCUGUUCCAUGACUCUGCUUUGUGUUGUGUUGGCAGCCACUCCCAGUAAGCUACUUAUUUUCUGUUGACAAAAGCUCUUUAGUCUUGAAGGAUGGAUACUGGAAAUGGAAUCUGGUUUGUGUUCUUGGAUGGGCACAUGCAAGAGCAUUCGCCUUGCCAUCUGUCUGUCAUCUUAUCAUACAAUGAGCAGUCCUCAGACAUGUUUUAUGCCUCCCUGCUUCCUGUUGGUAGCAUCGCUACUUCCUGGAGCUCCAGGGCUAAGGGGAGGUGUCUGGAAACUCUGGAUUCCCUGUCCUCCGGGUGUCUGUCACAGUACCUGCAUUGUCUUGGAAUGUGAGCAGUGUCUGGAGGGAAGGAAGAGGCCUGUUCUGUAUUGCCUUAAGUUGACUGAGGUUUGUAGGGGACCGGUUCUUCUACAUAUAAGGAUUUGUCCUAAGUUUGCACAAUGGCUAGUGUCAGCAAAAGGCAGGAGAGGGACUUUUUGAAUUCUGUGAGAAUGUGGAUUUAUGGUGUUGAGUAUCACACUCAGUUCUACUGUGUUAACUUUGUGAAACUGGAUGGACCAAACUUUUAACUUACUGAGCAGCAAGUGUGAAAAUUACUUUCAUGGUUCCUUCAUAAGACUAUAAUUUCCCGACACUUUGAUAAAAUUCAAAGCUGUGCCUUUGAGCCUAUACUAUUCUGUGUAUGUGUGGAAAUAAAAAUGUAUUGUACUUUUGGAAAUUUUUUUCGUAGGCAUUUUUCCGUCAGAUUUGUAGCAAUUUGUGAGGUUUGUUAGAGAUUAACAUAGGUUUUCUUUCUGUAUUAUAAAAUGCACCAAGCAAUUAUGGUGGACCUAUUACCCUAUGGGUAAGAAAUAAAUGGAAAUAUG